CCUGAAUGCCUGCUCAGCUUAUGCGUUUCCCCCACGCUGAUUCCCCGCGUUGAAGUUUAGAGAGAAACACUUUCCUCUUGACUUUCUCCAUAACCACCAAUAAGUGCAAUAAUGUUCAACGUCUUGCUUGUUGGAGCAGGUGAGAUCAAUUUUGGAUCAACGGAAGGACCAUGGAAUCAUACCGCACGUCUAGAGGCGCUUUUAGGGUCCAAUUUACGGAUCGUUGGCCUUAUUGAUCCUGACACUGAAAGAGCACAAAAAGCCAUCAAUGACAAAGUACGACAAUCCAUAGAAGCACAAACGGCAUGGAAAGAUACAUUAGCAUUCAAAGAUGUCAGAGAAGCAAAAGAACAGCUCGGAAGUAGUGUGAUAGCCCUCGUCGUCAUUGGUUGCCCGCCACACUUUCGUGGUACUUUGGAAAAAGGGAAGAAUACCGACGUGGAGGUAUUGCAAUUCUUCUCACAUGCCCAAGCCAUCUUGGUAGAGAAGCCGGUUGCUGCAGUCGAUCCACAUUCGCACAGUCUUGCCUUAAUCUCAAAAGAGUACGAGAAAUUUGAGGGAGUUUGUAGUAUAGGAUACAUGCUACGGUACCUGAAAGCAGUCAAGAAGAUCAAAGAUACCUUGCAUGCCAAGAACCUAACUCCAACACUCAUCAAUGGACGCUAUUUUAUGGCAUACGAAUAUGCAAGAAAGCUAUCUUGGUGGAACUCAAGUGUGUCAUGUGGACCUGUCGUUGAGCAAGCAACACAUUUUGUCGAUUUGAUUCGAUACUUUGCCGAUUCACCCGUCCUCUUCGAUACCGUUCAAGCACAUAUUGUCGAACAUGAUGAACAAGCUGGUCAUUUGAGUAAAAAAGGCUUUGAUGAAGAGUUGAUUGAUGUGAAUGAUCGAGUUCCAAGGAUAACAAUGGCAUCAUGGAAACAUGCAACCGGUACAAUAGGUUCAAUCUGUCAUGGUAUAUCGUUGCACGGUACACGAUAUGACACACAACUAGAAGUCCUAGCAGAUGGUUGGCUUUUCCGAUUGAGCGGUGCCUACACAGAUACACCAAGACUGGACAUAAUCAAACCUGGUACCGCAGAGAUCGAGACUUUCUCAGAAGUUGAUGACCCAUUCUUGACCGAAAUCAGCACGGUUGUAGACGCAAGUCAACAUCUAGCAGGACAUAAACCACUCAGUACGUUUGAUGACGCUCUCCAAACAUACGAAUUGACUUGGGCAAUACGGAGGGCAGGCGAAAGAAGCAGCGCAAAAAGGCGGGAAUCGAAGACAUGAUUGCACACAAACAGUGUUUAUGGAUAAUUGAUGAAAUUGCAUGAAAGCUGAAAAAUGAAUGUAUGCAAUGUAAGAAA